CUGACAUUUUUUUCAUGCUGAAACGUUUAUAAUGCGUAAUACUGUCACGUCGUUUCACUCCUGUAACUGACUGUAUCCGUGCUGGCAUGGAGACUCUAGUGGAUGAUGACAUCUGCAUUCUGAAACAUGAGACUGCAUACGCCGCACAAGAGAGCCCCGUGUCGGUGUGUGCCGGCGAUGAGUCCGUGGCCUCCCACUUCGCUUUGGUCACUGCUUAUGAGGACAUUAAGAAGCGUCUGCGGGAUACAGAAAGAGAAAACAUGUUGCUUCGGAAAAGAGUAAAACAAAUGGAGGACAAGCUCAUCAGACAAGAGGCGCCUCCCUCUGAAGGGCCCCAGUACAUGAACAAGGCCUUCAGUGCAUACCGGGGAAUCUACAUAGAAAAAGAGGACUUGCAAAUGGAGCUGACCAAAGUGAAAAAAGAAAAGGCUGAGUCAGAGAGACUCCUGACAGACCAGCUACAGGCCAAAGAGCUCGAGUUAUUGCAGCUGAGAUCAGAAAUGGAAACCAGCCAAGUGAUGAAAAGUCUGAAUAGUACAAAUGAUUACUGGCAAGUGGACAGAGUCUCCGAGGUGAAGAUCCAUAGUCUACAGGAGGAGCUGGAAAAAGUCCGAUUAGAGUGUAGACGACUUCAGGAUGCUUUGGCACAGAAUGUUUCUGGAAACUCUGUACCUGCCAGCAGUGACCAGAAACCAGACACAGUGUCAGUGGCAGAGUCUCGGGUGACGGCCAUCAUGAAGUCCUACACAGAUCUGCGCGAUGAGAUGUCACACAUCCAUUCAGUGGUCAAAGCACAGACAGAUCUGGUCAAGAGGCUCAGAGAUAAACCUCUACAUCCAGUAAUCAAAAGAGCUGCUUCAACAGUUCCAGUACAGUGUUUAGAUGACGUGGAGAGGAAUAAGCAGAUGGUGAGAGUCACAGCACCGAGGCCACCCAGCGCCCCCCCAGUACCCUCGAGCGCUGGACGCCCCUGCCUGGCUACAGGACCCCCAGUGUCAGAUGGUCUCCAAGAUGACUGCUGGAAAGAGCCCUGGCCCAUCCUUCGCCCUGCCCCAUUAGGCAGCCCCUCCGGGCCCCCACCUCAGCCUCAACGCUUGGGUUCUCUGGAUGACAGCUCCUGGUCCUUCCCCAGUGCUCCUAGACCCAGUGAUGCCCUCUUCUGGGAGGACACAAAGCCCAAGAGUCCCAAUGCUGAUUGGGCCAAACCUUACUGAGGCUAGGCCCUAACCCCUGCCAACAAGACACCCGACCUGCCUUAAAACCGAAUUUGGUUUUUUUGUACCCCAACGGCCAGGGGACGUAAAACCUCUGAAUAGCCUGGACUGUGACUUGUGCUGAGGCUAAGACGUCUAAGUCUCAUUUGGGCUGUGGAUAGGAAAAAAACCCACAAAGAAUAUGCCUCAUUUACUGAAGAGCAAGUCUUUAAAGAACGCUUCCUUGUUCACGAAGGUGUGUAAUUGUGCAUGAGUGCAUCCUUGACUUGGGUAAGCUCCCUGUGUGAGGUGUAAACUCAUAACUUUAUCAUAGCCACUUCCUUGUCAACUGCAGUUGGGAAGAUUUAAGAUUAACUCCUUUACCAUCACUGUAUGGAGGACAGUG